CCCUCACCUUCAUCACCAGUGUUAUCAGACAGAUUAGAGGGAACAGGAACCCCGACAAUACAAAAUAGAGAUACUCAGUGGCAAUAUGAGGAAAUCACAUUAGUACGGGGUGGGGCGGGCUUAGGUUUCAGCAUCGCAGGGGGUACGGACAACCCCCACAUAGGAGAAGAUCCUAGUAUCUUCAUCACCAAACUUAUUCCAGGGGGUGCAGCAGCGGUUGAUGGAAGACUCAAAGUCAACGAUGUGAUAUGCAAAGUCAACGAAUGGGAGAUCCUCGGUGUCUCACAUCAGCAAGCAGUCGAUGCACUCAAGAGGGCGGGCAACACGGUACACAUGGUCUUAAGGAGAUGGCCAAGGAGUCCCUCCACCGGUAAAACACUGACCAUCGAGCUUAUCAAAGGUCAAAAGGGGCUGGGCUUCAGCAUCGCAGGGGGUCAGGGUAACCAGCACGUCCCCGGAGACAAUGGUAUCUUCGUCACCAAGAUCAUCGACGGUGGAGCCGCCGAACAGGACGGAAGGUUGCAGGUCGGCGAUAAGAUCACAGCGGUUGGAGAUAAUAACCUGGUAGAUGUGACCCACGAGGAGGCGGUCGCCGUCUUGAAAGCCACCAGCAACAGGGUGCUCCUAACCGUCAUCAAGAACGCAACUCUCCUCGCUGGGACACAGAUGGCGCCCUACACACAGAAUGACGAGAGCGUCCAGCCCCCUGAUGUGUCCAAUGUCGAUAUGACUCCAUCAGUCCCAGUUUAUGCAACGAUGCAGCCCACCCUCAUGCCAGAGCCGCAGCCCGCCGGCCUCCAAGAGAUCGACGGCGCCAACGGGGCAAACGGAGCUAACGGGGAACCCCCGUCGUACAACAGAGCAACAAACUCACAACCACCAAACGCCUUCAAUAACACGCAUGCUCCAAAGAUCUUCAUUCAAAACGACGAUGGCAUUCCAAGGGAGCCCAGGACGGUUGUCCUUAACAAGGGAGCGACAGGUCUUGGAUUCAACAUCGUCGGAGGAGAGGAUGGAGAGGGCAUCUUCAUCUCAUUCAUCUUAGCCGGAGGGGUAGCAGAUCUCAGCGGCGCUCUGAGGAGAGGGGAUCAAAUCCUUUCGGUAAAUGGCAAAGACCUCGUCAAUGCAACACAUGAAGAUGCUGCGUUAGCGCUGAAGGGAGCCGGCCAAGUGGUUACAAUAGAUGCACAAUAUAAACCAGAAGAAUACAACUGUUUUGAAGCAAAGAUCCAAUCAUUGCGUGAGGAGAUGAUGCAGAACUCUGUUAGUCCCACAGGAAGUCUUAGGACGUCGGCUAAGAGGACCUUAUUUGUCAGAACUCUGUUUGACUAUGAUAAGAAUAGGGACAGCGGUCUACCCAGUCAAGGCCUUAGCUUUGAUUUCGGUGACAUCAUUCACGUGACCAACGCCAGCGACGAUGAGUGGUGGCAGGCACGUCACAUUCUUCCCAACGGAGAGGAGGGAGAAAUCGGCAUCAUUCCAAGCAAGAGGAGAGUGGAGAGGAAAGAGAAGGCUAGGUUACGGAGUGUCAAAUUCACGGGUAACAAAGGAGGCAGCAACAACAUCACUGAGCCGCCCGGAACUGUGAAUAGCAAAGGCAAAAAGGGUUUCUUCAGGAAGUUCAAGAAGAACAGGGACAGUGAUCAGGAGACAAGCGACCCAGAACCUUUCACAUCCAAUGCCAGUGAUAGCGAAAGUAGCUACAGGAAUGAGGAAGUAAUUCUCUCAUAUGAAGCUGUCGUCCAACAAGAAAUUAAAUACACAAGACCUGUCAUCAUCCUUGGGCCUGGUAAAGACAGGGUCAAUGAUGAUCUCAUCUCGGAAAUGCCUGACGAAUUUGGAAGCUGUGUACCACAUACAACGAGAGCUAGGAGACCUCACGAGGUCGACGGUCGGGAUUACCAUUUUGUAGAAUCCAGGGAACAGAUGGAGAAAGACAUCCAGAAUCAUCUAUUCAUCGAAGCCGGUCAGUACAACGAAAAUCUCUAUGGCACCAGUGUGGCAUCCGUCAAGGAGGUUUCAGAAAAGGGCAAGCACUGUAUCCUAGACGUAAGCGGCAACGCCAUCAAACGCCUCCAGGUGGCCCAACUCUACCCCAUCGCCAUCUUCCUCAAGCCUAAGUCGGUAGAAUCCAUCGUCGAGAUGAACAGGAGGGUCUCGGAGGAUCAGGCGAGGAAGACGUACGAGAGGGCGCUCAAACUGGAACAAGAGUUCCUGGAAUACUUUACAGCAAUCGUUUUGGGAGACACCAUAGAUGACAUAUACCAACAAGUCAAGGAGAUCAUCCACGAACAAUCCGGCCCGACGAUCUGGAUCCCAGCGAAAGAAAAACUGUGAAAACGGCUACCUUCUCUUACCGGAAUCACAACAUGAAUUACCAAAUUUGUAUAUGUCAAGAGAAGAAAAAAGACAUUUUGACAACGUUGCACAGCCAUGUUGGAUAUUAGAGAUAUUUUUUGUACAGAAAAAUUUUAAUCGUCAUGGAAUAUUGGGGGAGGAAUUGUAUGUUACAAUUACUUAACCCCCUCUGUGUUUUAUACGCAAGAUGUCUCCGUUUCUAACCCCGUAGGAGUCCAUUAGGGUGCAGUACCGGAACCUGAUCCGCCCUAUACCAAGAAUGCCCUCAGCAGGAGAUCAUAGUUCACGUUAUCAGACAUUUUCACCUUUUUUGAAGUAUUUUCUGGAAGUAUUUGUUGUUUUCCCUCCCAUAUUCUCAGCAGAUGUAAUUUUAGCAACGACCUGUUCAAUUGGAGUGAAAAAUCACACUUUUUUCAUGAAAUUUGUGAACAUAUUUUUUUAAACGUAUGAUGGUGAAAUUACUCUCCUUGUUUUUGUAUUGCCAUUUUGCAAGAAAAAAAAAGAUAUAUUAGUAAAUAUAUAUAUAUUAUGCCUAAGUAUAUACAGUAUACUCACUUAUAAAGGUGCCAGAUUUAAUUGUAGUUUGAUUGAUGCAGCUUACUAAAAAAAAAGUGAUGAAAAUUAAUUGGUCCCUAUGCGUGCAAAUUCCCGAAAUGUAUUAGAAUUUAAUUCAAUUGAAAUUUUAAAGACCAAUAUCCUCCCUCUUUAGUAAAUACCUGUAGUUUGAGGUUAUGAUCGUGUCAAAUCUUAGCCUGAGUGUAAUAAGAUUUGGUUUCCUAGGAAAUUGUCUAUUGUGUGCCCUUCACAGAUUAUGAAUAAAUCAAUCUAUGUUUGCAUUUUUUUUUACUUUUAUUAUUUGAUAAUGAUUUGGAAGGUUAGUAAAGUGAUGACAUGUUGUUCCUUGUACCGUAAUUCUAUCAUGAUGUAUGAUACAAUCUUUUAUGUGGACCAAAUACUAAUCAUGAGUAACAUUUGUUUUUGUUCUGUUUAUUUACUGGUUGAUGGCAACUCUGUGCAAAAAAAACUUUCCUAGAUUUCUUUGAAAAAGAAUCAUUCUUCCUUUUUUUUCUCUCUUCAAUUCCCCUUUAUUACAUUCUCUAUCCCCCCCCCCACCUACUCGCUUUAUCUUUCUAUCUCUGUCUCUCUCCUCUCUCUUUCUCCCUCUCCUUGAUAUCUCUGUACCCUACCAUAUCCUCUCUCCAUACCCCCCCCCCCCCCAACCUCCUUCUUCGCCUCUCUCCUGUCUGCCUUUAUCUUUGACCCAACUCGUAGAAAAGAAAUGUUAUUGACAAAUUCUUUAUAUUUAUCUCAAAACUUGGAUUUCUGGGCACAAUGUUGAGUACAGAUACUAUGACUUGUGCAUCAUUAAAAUUUGCCCCCCCCCCGAUGCAAGAUACUUGGAUUAUCAAAAACAUGAUAUCCCAGCUUACAAAUUUUACCUUUUGGCAGAAAGUUUGAUUUUUUUUCACUUCCCUUAUUUUUAAGUAGGGCAGUCUAGAUCAAGACAAAGUAAUUUUCAUAUCUUAAAUUCUAAAACCAAAGCGAAAGCGUGAUUAACGUGGCUAUAUAUCAAGUGUACAUCGUGCAUGUAUAAACCCACACCUUUGUCAUAUGUAUGUACAUGUGUUCAUAUUGACAUGCGGUUACAGAAAGCAUAAUAUGGUGCUAUAUAUGUACAUCUGUUAUGUUACGAGCAAUCCCAUGGCUUUCAAAUGUGUUGUAAUGAUCAUUGCAAAGGUAUUAAUUGUGUGUAUUCAAAUACAUAUAAAAUCCCCAAGUGUAAUGAUUCCUAGAUUGCACUUAUGAGUUUGAUACAAAUUAUUUGACUUGUUAACCAUGGUUAGCCAAAGCAAUUUAAGCUGCAUGGCCUCUUUAUUCUUGUUAUUUCUGUUUAAAAAAUAAUAAGGUUUGCCAAAUAUUAUAAUACUCAAGAAUGGGCACAUUAAACCUCCAUGAAUGAUGACAUUGGGUUCCGCAAUUCCAUGAUAUAUCACAUCUUUUAUAUUUUUCAUUUCAGACAACAAAACUGUCUCGUGGUGUUUGAGAGUCGGUAAAAGAGAGCUAUAGUGCCGGUAUUUGGAGGUGUAUCACAAAAAGUUAAGUGCAACUUAAAAUUGCACUUCCCAGUUGUGUGUGGUAUUUGUUUAUGGCUCUUAUCCGUUGGCACUUAACCAUGACUUAACAUAUUCUUUGUGAACCACCCAUAUGGUGUUGUUUUCAUGCGCAGUAAUGGCCACUAAGCAUGUCGUACUUCCAUUUUUGUGAAACCACACCCAGGUGGGCGUCGAUACUCGAAUAUGGAAAAUAUCCUCAAACUUUUGAUGCAGAUUUAUUCGCAUGCAUCAGUUCCAUUUGGAUUAAAAGAAUGUUUUAAUUAGAGGAGGGUUGGCAUAAAGAGCAUUUGUUGAGGUACAAAUUUGCCGCUCUCAUUUCCCAAUAUACAAGCUUUUCUUGGAAGUCAGAAUAAAGAGUUCAAGAAAAUGACACAAUCUAAUUAGGCAGUUUAUUACUCAAGAAAAUUCAAGCAUCUUACUUUGGAGUAUGCAGAUUUUAUUAAGGAAAUUUCUGAAAGGAAGGUGAUCAGGCUUUCCCAUAUUUCUCUGAAAUGUAUUUUGCUUUGCAUAACAUUUGAUUCUUUGUUUCACUCUGCAGAAAAAUGUCAAAAAUCCAGCUUUCAUUUGCUGUAAAUAUUUGGAAAUGAACGUGCACUAGUUAUCAAUUAUUCAAGACAUUUAUACAAGCAAGCACUUGCUACACUUUAUACUUUCUAGCACUCAACCACCACACAUUGGUCUUAUUCUAUUAUUUUUUGUUGCUCUCUCAAUUCAUAUUUUUUCUAAGGGUAGUGCGUAAUUUAGGGAUAUACUAGUAUUUGAUUGUGAGAUGUACAAGUUUGACAAUGUAAAGGACAUCAAAAGGGUUGUAUGGGACUAAGUCAAAUCUUGUGAUUAUUUUUCUUAAGGCUUUUAUCACAUCAGGUCAUAUAGUUAACUACUCUAUAAUCUGCCGUAAACAACUUUCAUUCAAAAAGGAUAUAUUAAAGACAUUUUAGAUUUAAAAAUAGAAGUGCAAGCAACAAAAGGGGAGGAAUAAUUAUCUCAAAUCUUUGAUUACAAAAAUUGAUAGAAUAUAUUUACUUCAGCCUUUAUAUCUGCCCUAAAUCUUGUCUUUGUCCAAUAUUCUGGAUCUCUCUCUCUAAGAUGAGUUUUGCUGUUUUUUGCAGUUUUAGGUGAUGGAAAAUAAUAAUUGUGUGUGCCCCCUCAUUUGCUAAAAAAUUAUAUUUUGUGUUGGGAUCGUUGAUGUAGACACUCCUCUUAUGCACGAAGCAUUUCAAAGAUUACGAUAACAUGACUGCCAUUAAGUGCCCCGCAGAUGUUAUAUAUUAUGUACUUAUCAAUAUUUCAUGUACGUUUAACUUUUUUUUUUUUUUUUUUUUUUUUUUUUUUGUCUCUUUCCAUUUUUCCAGAUAUACAAUGUGUAUGGGAGUUGUAGCACAUGUUAAAGAGAGUGAGAGAAAAUAAUGACACAAAAGAUUGUGAUUGUAUAUUCAUCAUAUGUUGAUAUUUAAUUACUAGCAUGCAAAUGAAGAAUUAUAUGUUAUGUAGUCAUUUAUGAUUAUUGUAUAAUGUUUCUUUCUUUCCACGGAAGGUUAAGUGUUGUACAAAUAAAAAAGUAGACAUUUUGAAAUAAACUCAA